GCGAUCACAACCCGCAAACCCCUUGUCCGCUUAGUGCAGACAACGAAUGACGGGAAGUUCAAAGCCCCCUUCAACGGUGGCGAACGGCCGGUAUCAAAUUGAGAAGAAGCUGGGUGCAGGCUGCUUUGGAGAGGUGUGGCAGGGGCGAGACAAACAGACGAACGAGAAAGUUGCGGUAAAGUUCGAGGAUUCAUCGGGACAUGCACUCCAACUGGAGCAUGAACAGCAUGUCCUGAAGAUCUUGGCUCAGCCGAAGAAGCCUCAAGGCUUUGCAGAGCUCUUCUGGUGUGGCCAAGAGCAACGCUUCAUGUGCCUCGUCAUGGAGAUGCUCGGAAAAUCCUUGGAGGACAGGCUCCAAGGUUUGGGAUCAUCACAAGGCGGACAGCCUAAGUUCAAUGCACAGACCGCCGUGCUCAUUGCGGAGCAAGUGCUCAGGCGCAUCGAAUACCUUCAUUCCAAGGGCAUUGUCCACAGGGACAUCAAACCAGAGAAUUUCAUGUUUGGCAUCAAGAGCAGAAUCCAUCAUUUGUACCUCAUUGACUUUGGUCUUAGCAAGAAGUACUUUGAUCAGAAGCAUGUGCAACUUCGAACACAGCUGAGCCUUACUGGUACUGCUAGGUAUGCCUCUAUCAACGCACACAAAGGGAUCGAGCAGAGCCGUCGCGAUGACUUGGAGGCCAUUGGCCACAUGCUGAUGUACUUCCUUCGAGGAUCUCUGCCAUGGUCGGGCCUGGAUGCAAAGACGCAGGAAGAGAAGUACAGGAAGAUUCGCGAGAAAAAGGAAUCAACUCCUCUGGAUGAACUAUGCGCAGGUCGUCCACCGGCCUUUAAAGACUACCUGCUAAGGGCCCGCUCUUUGGAGUUUAAGGAGCGACCAGACUAUAUCGCCCUCAGGAAGCUGUUUGCAGAUGUUCGUGCGGAGAUAGGACCUCAACAGGACCAUGGCUUCCAGUUUUUGGAGGGCCGUGACUUGGGCACACUGGAGCCAUUGGAGUUUAUUGAUGUCCGGCAACCAGAUGAUCAGGCUCCAACAGGGGGGUUCUCUUUUUGCUUUUGCGGGAGCAAGUCAGCAGUUCGGGACUAGACAGUCCAAGUCUCAGUCAAGCUCAGCACGCACCAGAACUGGUACCGGAACGGUUGGUACCGUGCCAGGUGUGAUCUUUCCAAACUGAAGUGACUAGAAGUGACUAGAAAGAGGGCAGCCUACAGUAUCCGUUUCUUAUGGUUUCUUUCUUCGAUACCUCUGUUCCUAUUGUUCCUUCAAUGUAGGAUAUGUAGGUCACCAGAGUUACCAGGUUUUCUUUUCGGGAAUGCAAG